CUUUCUGUGAGAUUAAGGAUUUUAGUUGUAUUUUAAUAUUGCUGAGCGCUAGUCGAAUUUAGUUUUAUGUGGAUUAUUUUUAUUAAACAUGACAGAAUUGAAACCCAAUGCGGAGCAAAAUACACCUCAAGCUAAUGGCGUAAACCCGAGCAGUCAAAUUGCAUCAACGAUUGAUGCAUCACGAAAUCCCAAUAAACGGCUGGAAAAACAAACAAGUGCAUUGGAGAACAUUGCUUUGCAUUUGGGGAUAGCAAAAUGCAACAGCGAUCAUGUCGACAAUCGUAUGUUUUUCACAACAUUAAUUGUGCUGGUGCUGGUGUUCUUGGCGAGUGUGGCUGGGUUUUUCACAAUGUGGUUCACAACUGUUUAUGACGACCGUUUAUUAGAGCAACUGAAACUAACUCAACAUUCACCUGCUGCUGAUUGGUGGGAAAAACCUCCUGUUAAUCCCUUGCUGAAAGUACACGUCUUCAACUAUACAAAUGUAGAAGACUUUUUCGACAAAAAGACUAAUAAGCUUAAAGUAGUCGAUCUUGGACCAUACGUUUACACUGAAACUGCUGAGAAAGUGAAUGUCGUUUAUAACGGUGAUGGUACUAUAACUUACAAGGAAAAACGAUCAUACCAGUUCCUAGCAAAUCAAUCUAGUGGUAUGCAGUACGAUGAGAUAGUGGUUCCAAAUGUACCGAUGUUAACUGCAGCAUCAAAGUACUAUGAUAGAUCGUUCUUUCAAAAAACAAUUCUGAAGACAGCACUGGCUGGUGUAAGCGCCAAACCUUUCAAAAAGUUGAAGUUGAAUUCAUUUUUGUGGGGAUAUCAGGAUGAGCUGCUGAAUUUGGCUAGCAAACUUUCAUUUGAUAGUGAAGUUUCAUUUGAAAAAUUUGGAAUACUUAUGACGAGGAAUGGAACAAGUCCUGAAACAUUCACCAUUUAUACAGGAGAAAAUGAUUUGAAACAAUUGUUAGUGAUAAAGGAGCUCGACGGAAAACCUGCUCUUGAUAUGUGGUCAACGGAUGAGUGUAAUCGCGUCGAUGGAACAGAUGGUUCGCAAUUUCCGCCUCAUUUAAUGGACAAGCGCCAAACCCUUUAUGUUUUUAUCAAAUCACUUUGCCGAAAGUUUCCGCUACGAUACGAAAAGGAGGUAACUUUAUUCGAUGGUAUUCCUGCUUGGCGAUACAAAGCGCCGUUGGACGUUUUUGCUCAUCCCAGCAUUAACGUGGACAAUCAAUGUUUUUGUCAUCUGGAUUCAGCAUCAUGUCCAAAAAGCGGAGUUCUCAAUGCAACGCUCUGCUCCUAUGAAGCACCCAUAUUUGCAUCUUUUCCGCACUUUUAUACUGGAGAUAGAGAACUUUUAGAAACAGUUGAAGGUUUGAAUCCUCAGCAGGAUAAGCAUGAAACAUUUGCAGAUAUCCAUCCACGACUAGCGUUUCCUAUUGAUGGUGCUUCUAGGUUUCAAAUCAAUGUGCAAGUUAAAAAAACUAUAUCAGAUCUCGAACCAUUCGACGAUGAUCACAUUUUACCCGUAAUUUGGAUUGAAGUUGUUCCUGGACACAUAUCUGAGGAACUACGUGAGCUCAUAUAUUACAGUUCAUUCGGAGUCAACAAUCUACAGUUUUGGUUGAAAUACGGUUCUUUGUUGAUCUGUGCCACAACAUUUGCUUUACUAGCGAUGACAUGUUAUUUCCGAGGACGAAAACAAUCGAAUGGACAGUUGGAAAAGGGCGAACAACAACAACAAUACCCGCAAGAACAAAACAUGAAACUUAAUGCAAUGAACAACAUUGCUCCAUGAAAGUAAUUAAAUAAAAAAAACAGUGAAGAAAAUGAGAAAUUUCCAAUAAAAAACAAGAAACUCAUCAAUAACGUUUCGAUUAGUGAAAUUUGUGUAGAAAACUAGUGUCAAAAGGUGUCUGCUAAGGAAAAGGAUUCAUGUGAUAAAAUUGCUUUUGAUAAAGUACCAUUUAUUUGUUGUAUACUUA